UCUCCUCCCCCCUCAUGGCUUCCGUGUCGGUUUUCCCGUCCCCGCAGGAGCUCGGCGCGUUCCUGGCGCGCUCGGUGGCGGCAGCGGCGGCCCAGGCGGUGACGAGCGGCGGCCGCUUCUCGCUGGGGCUCUCCGGGGGUUCCCUGGUGCCGCUGCUCGCGCGGGAAUUGGGCGGGGCUUUGGCCGAUGUGGGCGGGGCCCAACCGGCCCGGUGGAUUCUGGCGUUUUGUGAUGAGCGAUUGGUGCCCCCCGAGCACCCCGAGAGCACCUGCGGGGCGUACCGGUCCCAGGUGCUGUCCCAGUUUCCCGCCCCCGGGCCCCGCGUGCUCUCGGUCAAUCCCGGACUGGACCCGAACGGCGCCGCCAGAGAUUACUGGGAACAGCUGAAAAUGGCGUUCCCAGAUGAGCCCAUCCCCCAGUUUGACCUGCUGCUGUUGGGGGUGGGGCCGGACGGUCACACGUGCUCGCUGUUCCCCGGCCACGCCCUGCUCCAGGUG